CCGCGGGCAAGCCAAUAGUGCUAGAUGCUCCGGAGUGAUUGUAAACGCAGUGGGAGGAAGUGCUUCGGAGCUCAGGUUACCACUCAGUAUGGCUGGGAUCACUCAGCUCACAAAAGGAAAAGACUCCCCCCAGUAAAAAAGUCUCUGGUGUACUACCUGAAAGGCAGAGAGGUUCGGAUGCAAAACGAAUCCAGCUACCACCGGUUGUUGCAUGGAUAUGCAGCACAGCAACUUCCCAGUCUCCUGAAGGAGAGAGAAUUUCAUCUUGGGACUCUUAAUAAAGUUUUUGCAUCUCAAUGGUUGAACCACCGACAAGUGGUGUGUGGGACAAAAUGCAACACACUCUUUGUGGUUGAUGUUCAGACGGGUCAAAUUACGAAGAUUCCUAUCCUGAAAGAUCGAGAACCUGGCAUGGUAAACCAACAGGGCUGCGGUAUUCAUGCAAUUGAGCUGAACCCUUCGAGGACGCUCUUGGCUACAGGAGGGGACAAUCCAAAUAGCCUUGCGAUUUAUCGUCUGCCUACGCUUGAUCCUGUCUGCGUGGGAGAUGAUGGACACAAAGACUGGAUAUUUUCUAUUGCCUGGAUCAGUGAUACUAUGGCUGUUUCUGGUUCCCGGGACGGCUCAAUGGGUCUCUGGGAGGUGACAGACGAUGUGCUGACGAAAAGUGACGCCAGACACAACCUGUCUCGGGUCCCUGUCUAUGCUCACAUAACUCACAGGGCGCUGAAAGAUAUCCCCAAGGAGAACACCAACCCAGACAACUGCAAAGUCCGAGCACUGGCAUUCAACAAUAAGAACAAGGAGCUAGGAGCUGUGUCCUUGGAUGGGUACUUUCAUCUUUGGAAAGCAGAACACACACUCUCAAAGCUACUUUCCACCAAGUUGCCGUACUGCAGAGAGAAUGUGUGUCUGGCCUAUGGUCAGGAGUGGUCAGUGUAUGCAGUAGGAUCUCAGGCACAUGUCUCCUUUCUGGAUCCAAGGCAACCUUCCCACAAUGUUAAAUCUGUCUGCUCCAGAGAACGAGGCAGUGGUAUUCGGUCAGUAAGCUUUUAUGAGCACAUUAUAACAGUGGGAACAGGACAGGGUUCUCUGUUGUUUUAUGACAUCCGAGCCCAAAGGUUCCUUGAUGAAAAACCCAACCACACCUGCCGUGGACAAAAACAGAAACUAGGAGGGAGUGAAAUUUUAAAGUUGACGACCGGGAAAGGCUGGCUUAAUCAUGAUGAAACCUGGAGGAAUUACUUUUCUGACAUUAACUUCUUCGCAAAUGCUGUUUACACCCACUGCUACGACUCGUCUGGAACGAAGCUGUUUGUGGCAGGAGGUCCCCUUCCAUCAGGACUCCACGGGAAUUAUGCUGGUCUCUGGAGCUAAUGAGAACUUUUUCCAAAUGCCCAUCUUUAUGCUGAUUUCCACUUUGUCUUUCCUUUUUUAAACAAAGAAAUUGUGUGAUGACAUUGUUUUCUGGUCUAAAUGCAAGUUAUUUUUGGCAGAGUUCUCUGUUCUUCUUCAAAAGUUUUGUACAUCUUUUUUUGGCCAGAUUUUGCUUUAACUUCCUUGACCCUUUAUAUGAAGGGUUGUUUUAAAAUCCCUUUUUAUUGUAUUUACUCCAAAUGACUUUUCCCCCACGUAGGCUAACUCAGCCAUAUGCCCCCUACUUUGCUGUGAGGUAGGAUUCCUUUCUUAUCGAGUGUUUGCUGCCAGGCUUUCUGUGAAAGUCCAGGAGCUGUGUGUAUGCAGGUACUUUGUGUCGGUUACAUUACCUGGAGUGAGGACUACUUGUAAUUAAAAAUAUUAAAAAUAUUUAUGAGAUAA